AUGACGCCGCCAGCGGGCGUGACGGCCCAGCUGCGCCAGCUGAUAUACUACCACCUCGACAACGGCUUCCUGGAAAACGCCCUCUUUCUCGCCGGUCGUCUGCAUGCCCAUGAGCCCCGCAGCCAUGACGCUUCGCAUCUGCUUGCCCUGUGCAGUCUGCGCCUCGGCCGCUACAAGGCGGCCUUUGACUACGCACGCGCAAAAGGCAUGCAUCUGCAGCAUCUGGCGUGUGCCUACGUCUAUGCCCAGGCCUGUCUGGCGCUCGAGCGCCACGAGCUGGGGGUCCAGGCACUGGAGAAAGUCAGGGGACUGUGGAUGGGACGAAACCACUGGAACAAACACUCGGAGACCUCGCGACGACAUGUCCCAGACGCCGCGGCCUGCUACUGCUUAUUGGGGAAACUCUCGGCCGCGCACGGAGACAGCAAAAAGGCAAUUGAAUACUACGUCGAGGCGCUCAAGAUCAAUUCCUUCAUGUGGGAUGCCUUUACGGGGCUUUGCGACACGGGUGCGGUGGUGAGGCCGCAGAACAUCUUCCAGAUCACUCCAGACAUGCUGGCAUCGAUAUCGCAUGCUGCCGCAGCCAAUGGACACGCCCACCACGUAGCCGCGCCGCAGGAGAGCCAUGAUGGCCGCAAUCCCUUUGUCUCGACGCCAAACGUGGACCCCUUCAAUCCGCCCUCGCGCCAGGUCGGCGAUGUUGGACUGAAUCUCCGAGGCUCGAACCUGCUAUCAAGGCUGAAUGGGAGCAACCAGCCAUCAAACGGUCUCGGUGGCGCAUCCCUAUUUCACAGCAUGGACACUCCGGUCGCAAACGGCCAAAACGUACAUGAUGAAGAUGCCAUGAUGGGCGAAGGAGGAGGUGCUGUAAUGCACGAUCACCCAGACAUGGCACUCGCACCUUCACGAAAGCCCCGGACGCAUGCUUUCAAUGCGGCAGAGGAGCCACCACGCAUGCGGCCAAUCACCUCGAGGAUGCGCACCAAGACGAACCCAGAGAGUAGUGACCAGACCGACAUACCGAGGCCGAUUAACCAAAACGGCCAUAAGAGGACCGUUUCAGGUCACUCAUUACAACAACCACAACCGCCAAAUGCGCCACCCCACGAUCCCACUGCGGCUCCGCCCCGGCGAAGCGUGCGACUACUCAACUCGAUAAGCCAGUCCGUUCAGACUCGCAGUAGCAGACUAGGUGGCACGUCAAGCAGGGAUGCAGAGUCUCAGCAGCGACGGGAGCUGAGGAGAACCAAGACAAGCACGACCAAGUCUAGGUCAGGGACUACGUCAACCGUGGGGAGAGUCGUGAGUGGCAAUAGGAAGCCCCAUGUGGACGACAAAGAGUCGGCCAAACCCGAGUCAAGACCAGCAAGCGCAGCGGCCGUUGCAGCACCACAGCCGAGAAUGGCCCCUCCGCCAAUAGAUGCGAAUCGAGAGCGAGACGCCAUCAACUGGUUGCUGGAAUUACUUCACAACAUUGGAAGCGGGUACAAGCAUCUGAGUCGAUACGACUCCACCAAGGCAAUAGAGGCCUUCAUGUCAGUGCCAAAAGCCCAACGCGACACACCUUGGGUACUUGCACAGAUUGGGAAAGCCUACUACGAGCGCGCGCAGUAUGCAGAAGCAGAGAAUGCGUUUCGAAGGAUACGAGAAAUCGCGCCUUCACAUAUGGAGCAUAUGGAAGUAUACUCCAACACCCUCUGGCAACGAAAGGAAGAGGUGGCCCUAGGCCAUCUGGCCCACACACUCAUGGACCAAGACCGUCUUUCACCACAGGCCUGGUGCGCUCUUGGCAAUGCAAGCUCCCUGGAUCGUCAACACGACGAUGCUGUGAAAUGUUUCGCACGUGCUACGCAACUCGAUCCAAAGUUUGCCUAUGCUUUUACCCUCCAAGGGCACGAGCACGUUGCUAAUGAAGAAUUCGACAAAGCCAUGGCCGCAUACCGCAACGCCAUUAGUGCCGAUAACAGGCACUACAAUGGUUGGUACGGCCUGGGUGGUGUGUACGAGCGGUUGGGCAAAUACGAAGUCGCUGAGAAGCAUUAUCGCGCCGCGGCUCAGAUCAAUCCGAACAAUGCCAUGAUUCUUGUCCGGAUAGGUCUUGUCCUCGACCGUCUCAAGCAGACGGAGCCCGCGCUCCUCCAAUUCGAACUCGCGCUCAAACUCGAUCCGCGCUCCAUCAUGGCCCGAUUCCGCAAAGCCCAACUCUUGCUCAAACUCUCGGCCUCGGACGAGGCCCUGCACGAACUCCUUUACCUCAAGGACGCGGCGCCAGACGAUGCCAAUAUCCACUUUUUGCUCGGCAGAUGCUACAAGAAGGUUGGUGAUCGGGCGAAUGCUAUUCGCCACUUGACCGUGGCGAUGAAUUUGGAUCCAAAGAGCCAUGCGGUGAUCAAGGAGGUCAUGGAGGGGAUUGAUGGGGAUGACGAGGGCGGGUGGAGUAGUGAGGAGGAGUCUUGA